AUGCUAAACAUUGAAAACUACAGUACACGCCAGGGGAUACAUGACGGCGCUGUUGUAUACAUUAAUGAGGUGAACCUCGCUCAGCUGUGCUGCACUCGCAGAUUUGGCCGUAGUUUGUAAUGCUAUGUUGCUCCGUGUUGGUUUUUUUUGUAGUGUUCACUUUUCAUCAUUAGUGUCUUUAAUUUAAGCACAGGAUCACAGGAAAAUUAGAAGAGAAAAACUAGCCAAACGGACUGAAUGAACAAUAAUCCAUGUGCGAGCACUAUGCAGACCGUUUCGACCUCAGAGCUAAGGGGGUUAGGGAACAUAGAAAUACUGGCAGACACUCCUUGCUGUUGUGGCGGACGAAAAUCAAAUAGACAUCGAAUAAAAGAAGUCAAAAAAUACAUUAUUUGAGAAUAUUGGCAGGCGGUGCUGGACCUAACAAAAAUAUGGAAGUUUGUGCUGAGAAGAACAGAAACAAUCGGGAAACACUAGUUAAUCUCGUUUUGUACAUUUUACUCUCAAGGAACUCUAGUGGUGAGGGAGAGAAGUACAAGGACCGGAUACAGACCUCAUCGUGUGCAACCAAAAAUUCCAAAUAUUAGUCAAUAACCAACAGGUCACCCGCGAAUGUGACGUGAACGGUGGAAAAGAGUAAAACAAAGAGCAAUCUUUAAUGACUUAAGUCCAAGGUGAAAUAUAGACAGUGCAAAAAAAGAAAUUAUUCAUUUGAUAACAGGAUCUGUAAGUCAGUAGCCAUGGUAGGAUUCGUGCCCUACAUCCCUUGCGACUAACUAGUUGAUCAGUCAUCUCAUUCUUCCAAAGUUCUGAAGCUCACUAAUACCCAAACCAUACCAUAAACUGUAAGAGCCAACGUUGCAGCGAACGUAACCCCAGACAUGCCCUUGACCUUGCCAAAAUUCAUGGCCUUCCCUAUACAUAACUCGUAUCUCUAACUAAUAGCAGCUCCAGCGCUGACAGCUAUCAAAAUCCGAGACGGAAUCCUAAUUCUUACAAUGAGUCUUACAUUAACCCUUAUGACCACCCUAAUUGUAACCUAGCAUAAACUAUGAGACUUAGUCUAACGCCAGCAGUCACUAUAAUCAUAUCUCUGACCCUCAGAAUUAGCCCUAACCAUAAUCCUUCGUAUAAACACCUUAUAAUAAAAUGUGGCCAUAGAGACAUCUCUACAUAAGUGAUCUUAGGUGGAAAUUUGUAUGAACUCAUUGGUUUAAAAUUAUAUGAGCCAGCGUCAUUGACAUGAGACGGGAAUGUUCUAAGAACCCGUCUAGAAAAGAGAGCAAAUCACCGGACGGAUUUCAAGGGCAACUAAGAGUAUCUUCAGCGACCCUAUAGAGAUUUAACCCGUGAAUGAAUAAGUGUAACGAACUAGACUAGAACGAGAGCUAGCCCAAAGAAAGAAGGUGAAGACAGUUAGUAAAAAGAGACGGUUUACUAGAGCUUACCUACACACAAUUUCUGCUAAACAUUCCGCUUUUUGGAGCACAAAUGCAGUAGGGAGAGAUACAGACCGGGGUUAGAAUGUCGUCGUUACUCCACAGUUAGUUCUCAGCCAUAUGUAUUGGGUCCCGCCAGUCGAAAAGUCAGAUCAAAUUCCAUAGUGGUGAUUGGUUAGGAGACAAUGUAUUUGUAGCAUAUGUUUGUGUUAAUUAAUUUUAUAGGAAACCAAAUAUAUUGCGUUUUAACUCAUCAAUUAUAGAGUUAACUUGGUCCUCAGGUUGCAGAUAAGUGAAAGCGGUUUUCGUCGCUUACUAGUGUGCACUAAGCUCUUUUAAAUUUACAGUCAGCGUUUAUCGUAUUUGGAUUGUUUUGAGGCCCUGAAGCGGUUCUGGAUCCUAGGAAAAUUGUGCAGAAGACCCCAGGCAUCACUUUUAACGAUUAUGGAUAAUCGUAAGGUUGUUCUCAAAUUUCUUAUGCCUCUUUAGGUUCUUGAAAAGCGAACUCUUCUUAAUGAGCUUUCGCAAGAAUCUACAAUAAAGGUGAGAAGCUAGGCAGAUAUCCGUCGAAAUAUUAAAUCGCUCAGAGAGGUUUCACACGCAGAACCUAAAUUCAAUUGCGACUGUGGCAGGCGUCUGAGAACUGUGUACUAACGGCUUAGAUUUGCGGGCUUGUGUGUGGCUGUAGCCAUGUUCGCAUGGACUACUGACAAGGGCGUUCAGUUGCAAAACUAGCCUCAAACUAACCUUGGGGGCGGGCCCGGGCGAGUAUGAUAUUACCAAGGGACAAGCAUUAAUCUGUGGAAGCACAUAUGAAUCCCUUCAACAGAAUCAGUGCCAUGUUAUCUUUAUUGGAAAGACCGCUCUCCGGGCAAAUGUGCCCGUGUUUUAUUUUGCUUGAUCAUAUCAGUUGACAGCAGUCAGCAAGUAAAGGGCGAUAUCUUUAUUACGUGCCGAUUUGAUGUUCAUUUAACCAAUGGGAUUUCAAAAGCACUCCUCAAGACGCAUACUUCCUGGGAUGCCGUUCCAGAUGCUUAGACUGACUUUAGUCUUGUCUCGUACGGUGCGUGCACUCGCUUGGCUAUUUGCUUUGGAACGCGUUCCCUGCACCACAUCCACUUCUGUUGUGUCGAGAUUGAAUACCGAAGGACUAAUUACCAUUUCAGGAUAUUGGUGAGGUGUCUGGUCAGGCCGUCAUCCAGCCGUAUUUGCAUGAGUCUGUUGGAUAGAUGCCGUGGGAUUUACUGCAGCAUUACCAAGCAUGUGAAAGGGACAACGGAUACUCUACCCUCAUUCAUUACACAGACUUUCUUUAAUUUCCUUAGAAAUAUUAUUUGUUUUCAGACUUUACUAUUCAUCACGUCCUUUCUUACAAGGGCAUACUAUAACACAACUUCAAUGGUCUUCCCAUACUGUUGUUUUAUGGCUGAAUUUCUAAUUCUGCCUGCCGCUUAGCAGGUAGUCAAAUUCGGGGCAAAUGUCGCAAAUAUUAUGGGUGCUCAGCGCUGUUGGUCGACUUUAUAGACUCGUCCCUAAGUUGUGCCUAUACUGCCGUUUCUUAACCGACGGUUUUGCGUGGAAACGUCCCCAAAAUCAAUUUUAAAGUAUCCCAUUCAACCAUUUAAUUUUUGUUUUAUUUAUCUUCCACCUCCUGUCCCUUUAUGUAAGUCUUUGUUUCUUUCUUCUGGUGUUUUUUCUCAACUCUUGCCGUCCACUUCUUCAGGGUAUUUACAAAAGAUGGGGAGGGAACAUAUUCGUUCCUGUUACGCGACCAGAAAUUGUUGCACAAUGUAAAGGUUUGUUGUCUUUUUGUCUCAAAGUGGGUCCCAUUCAGCUGACCUGCACGAACUUGAGAAAGCAAAGAGGACUGAGCCCAACUCGACAUCUUAA